AAUCUUACUCAGAUAGGUACCAAUUUCAGGUGUGUGCGAUCACAAACAGAUCAUACACCUUCCAUGACAUAUACAAAUACUCGAGGAAUUUCGCCGCAAAAUUGCGUACACAGAUGAAAAUAAGAGAUGGGGAUGCCGUGUGUUUGAUGAUGUCGAAUUCUCCUGAGUAUCCCAUCGCUCUACUAGGAGCAUUGGAAGCUGGAGCCGAAGUCACGACUGCCAACCCUAUUUAUACUGCAUAUGAAUUGGAACGUCAAAUAAAGCAAGCAGAACCAAAAGUCCUGUUAGGAGUACCAGAGACUGCACCAGUUUUAAAAGAAGCAUUGCGAUUGGCUAAAAAAGAUAUACCUAUCAUUGUUUUAAAAAACCCUGAUGGUGCUCUUCCAGAGAACACAAUUUCAUUCCAAGAACUGUUUCUAGCUGACAAUGUUGAUCAUAGUGUUCUUAAAGAAGUUUCUAGAACAGCCGAAGAUGUUGCGUUAUUUCCAUACUCCAGUGGCACAACUGGUCUUCCGAAAGGCGUUGAACUGAGUAACAGGAAUCUUGUUGCUAAUUUCGUACAACAAGAUGUUGAUACUAUGCGUGUGCAUCAAGAAACUACUAAGUCUCAUCAAGAUGCAACUUUAGGUAUAUUACCCUUUUACCACAGCUAUGGCCUUUCAGUGGUUUUAUUGCAUAAAUUAUCAGCGGGUUUGAAAAAUGUGACACUGCCUAAGUUCCAGCCUAACACUUUCAUUGAUGCAAUGAAAAACUACAAAAUCAAUUUGUUAUGUGCAGCGCCUCCUUUAGUAUUAUUCCUUGGUUCACAUCCUGGGGUAACAGGAGAUCAUUUAGCAUCACUAAAGACUAUAACUUGCGGAGCUGCACCACUGCCGACAGUAGACGUCACUAAAAUUUUAGACAAAGUUAAGCAUGACAUGGACUUCCUACAAAUCUACGGUUUGACAGAAGUAUCACCCCUAGCUACCUGCAUGCCUCCAGGCUCUAAAGAUUACUCAAAGGCUGGAUAUGCCGUAUCCAACACCGAAUUAAGGGUCGCAGAUCAAGAUCAACGUGUGUUGGGACCAAAUCAGUUAGGAGAACUCCACAUUCGCGGUCCACAAGUGAUGAAAGGCUACAGAAAUAACCCAGAAGCUACAAAGGCAGUAAUAACAGAAGAUGGUUGGUUUAAAACUGGUGAUCUCGCAAGUCUCGAUGAAAAUGGAAUCGUCACUAUCAAUGAUCGACUUAAGGAACUUAUUAAGGUAAAAGGCUAUCAAGUACCACCAGCAGAAUUAGAAAAUGUAUUAAAGGAACAUCCAGACAUCCUUGAUGCUGCAGUCCUAGGUAUACCAGAUUCAAGACUGGGAGAAGUGCCCAGAGCCUUUGUAGUAUUAAAAGAUGGAGUUAAAAUAGAAGCCAAUGCAGUGACGUCAUUCGUUUCGGAAAGAGUAGCAGAGUAUAAGAGAAUAAGAGAUGUCGUCUUCGUAGAUGCCUUACCAAAGAAUCCUUCUGGAAAGAUUUUGAAACGAGUUUUAAGAGAUCAGUAUUGUUAGGUUUUUUGUUAAGUAAGUAAAUGUCUAAUGUUUAAGAAUUUUGUUAUGACGUGAUUUUGUAUUAUAAUAUACACUAUUGUUUAUAAUAUUA